ACAUCGCAACUGUAUAUAAAUUUCCGCGUGCUGCCACCGGAAGUUUCACGGUUGAUUGGACAAAUCGUUUUAGUCCACACAUGAUGUAAGGAAUUUUUAGUUGAUUUCCAUUUUGACAGAUAAAAAGUCUGCAGCUCGUGAAAACUUCCUGUUUUCAGUUGAGUCAUUCGCGAACACAGAGAACUACUGACUGUACUGAGUAGACUUUGUUCAAGAGUUCAUCUACCAUCUGGGUCGACUUUAUGACAUUUUAGUGCAUCUCACGGACGGAUUAUUGUGAAAUAACUUGCGCGUGGAUUUCAGACAUCGAGGACUCUCUUGGCGAUCGUAUUUCGAGCUGCAAGCUUGUGCCUGUCUCUUCGAAUCCUGCUCUUUUAUCUUACAUAUAUUACUGAUUCCAGCGUUUCUUCAAACUUCUCAAACUGGAGGGCAACAUAAGUUUGGAAAUGAGCAACCCUUGCAAUAACGAAGUACUUAAUAUCAACGGACAGCCGAUUACUUUGGAUGACAUUCUGGAAGAUACCAGCUUGUAUUUCAACCCAGCUUUUCUUCAGAGUUCUGAUUCAGUGUUUUCUUCAUUCGACCUGAGCUAUACGGAAGAUACAAAGUCCAAUGUGACCAUUCUGGAUUUGAAAGAUGUCUACGAGAAAGGGCAGAUGCGAAGAAAUGCAAACUCAGAACAAAGGCUCUUGGACGCAGAGGUACACCUCAUGGCAACUUCGCAAAAACCAAUUCAGGAUGUGCGCGCAUACGUGGAAAGAUGUCCAGAGGCCGCCAGAAUUCUUCAGGACACGAACGGACGAGUGUCUUUGGACUUAGUGUACAGUAAAAGGGAUUUGUUCGUGGCGAAUUUUGCCGUCAACCUCGACUCAGUUUAUUCUAACAAUGGCAUUAAAGUAUAUGAACUUUCACGCGUUAAAGGAGAGGAGAGAAACAUCUUCCGUGUGGUUGUUGUACUGCAUUUUGCAGAUGGAACGACGAAGGAAUUCAUCAGUAAAAACUUUCAAGUGCAAAGCAAAAAAGUCACGAAACAGGAACAAGAUGAGGAUUCAGUGAGCGUGGAUAACGGAUAUUGUGGAACACCAAGUCCGGAAACUAAUAGAAAAAAGCGAAAAUUGUUGGAAUUGGAUACCAGUCCUAAUGGAAGUUGGAGCAGUGGCAUGAACAGUGAAAAUAUCAGCGCUGCAGAGAUAAUUACAAACCGACUCGACGCUCAAUCUGCCAUCAUCAAUGAACUGCGAGUUAAGAAGCCUAUUGUUACACAGAGAGGAGACAUUGCUUAUCACUUCAAACUGAACAAAGCUGAACUCGACCUUCCUCUCGAAGAGGGUGAUAUCGUCGGGUUCUUUGAAGGUCCUGAUGGAAAGACCCACAUAGAGAAACUUACCCAAAUUAAUGCGUUUAAAGCCAAGAUGGCGGGAGUGAUCAGUAGAUCUGCGUAUUUAGAGGCCAAGACGCCAGCGGAUGGCGAAGAAAAAGGUUUAGACGAUCUCGUGUGUGUGAUUGGCAUGGUGAACGUCAAAGUACUGGGUCCAGUGAAAAACGGCGAGCGAAUCUUUGCUUCAUUGGAACACUCAGGAGUGGCCAUACCUCAGAGUCGCUUGAACGGUCGCGUGGCCAGUGAUGCCUUUCUGCUCGGCCAAACACUAGAAAGACGGGACGCCAAAGAACACGAAGUUAAAUUAGUACAGUCGUUCGUUUCAGUUCUCCUGAGUAUUACAUCCAGUCAUAUGGCCGAAGUUAAAAGCGACGACUUGCGGAAGCACGUCAGAGAGGAUGUCAAAAUAGAAGUGAAUAAGAUCAAGAAAAAAUGUAUUUCAGGGGUUGGCCGCUGGUUGUUCGCAGGCUUCAUUCUAGCUGUGUUAUUAGGAAUUUUGUUGUACCAGUUGUUCGUCCCAGGCUCCGCCCUUCGUUAUUACAGGUGUCGCCAGGGCUCCAUCGAAGAUAGUGAACUGUGGUUCACAUUUACUACUACAGACUUUCAGAUUCCUCGUGUGCAUUGUAUUGAGUUUGAUUUCGACAAGUUGAAGAAAAAACUGGGUUUGGAUAUUGGCAGAAUAAACUACACAGACGCACAUUAUUAUCUGAAUCUGGACAGAUGUGCGUAUGGCGGAAUCCGACAUGUUCGGUCGCAUUUGGACAACAAAGAAAUGGUCCGGGGUGCAGAAGUAGUAGCAGUGGAUCACAACUGUACCACUGUAUAUUAUCACUCGGAGAGAUGGGUCCCGUAUGAAUCGGGCAGGGAUAUCGUGUGUUCUGCACAUCCCAAGUAACUGGCACUGGGGGCAGGAAACUCCAGGUGUAGGACUAACAGGAAUCUCCAGGUGUACAUUAUCCUAGAGAAUAUUUUCUACUAGAUGGGAGUUUGGGCUUAAACGGAAGUUAAAUUCACUCGGAUGGGGGCUGAAUUCCGCUAUAGAUGUGGAGGUCAAGAAGACUCCCGGUGUUUGCAAAAGAGGCUUUGUUAGAAAAACAAAUAUAUUUAUACAGAUAAAAGAACAGAACAACAUAGACCGGAAAGAUUUUCUUGACGAUCCUUCAGCUCAAUAAUUUAAGUGUUAGAUAGCAUUUGCGGAGACGAGAGAACCGCGUAGUACAAACUAUAUGGCUGGUCCAUGUAUGCUUGUAGAAAACUUUAUAUUUGAUUUUGCCCAGAUGCUCAGUUUUUUCUUUACAGUUAGAUGGUCUCAGAUAGUCUUUUUGUAAUGUUAAUUUAGUUAGACAAUCUUUUACUAUUAAUAUUACUAUCAUUGUUAUGAUUGCCAUCAUUAUCAAAUUAAUAUUACAUUAAGGAAGAUGAAGUAAACUUUUCCCCUGAAUUUUCCAAUUGUGCAUCACCUGGAAAGAUAUUUGAUUCUGAGUGCCAAAUGUUAUAAAGACCUACAUCGUAGAAACCUCUUUAAAUAUGUCUUGGCAUCUUAAAAACGAAAAUCUCAUAAGGAGAAUGAUAUACAGAGCAAGACAAAAAAAAAACAUUGUAAGGCCAACCUGAGGUAUUGGAAGGCCCGUUGUAACACUGCAUAGUACGUAUUUCGAUUAAAAACGGAAAAUACCAUUAGGAGUUGAUGAGAACUUACAAAAAAACAUGUGAAACGCUUUUCGUGCAGGAAACAGAACUGACAAUUGACGAGUAUUUUAGUUUUAUAUGUGAUUGGCUGAGAGUAGUAAGAGUUUCCUAGAUCAUUCACAGAGCGAGACUUGAUUGAAAAUUGCUCUCUUUGUAAUGUCCGUUGCCGGGCAUUUUAUCCAUACUUCAUAUACAGCUGAUUAGGUUCGUAGAUAGGGCUCUAGCUGGAGAAGGGCUGCAAAAAAUAUAUCUACAGAUGUUUUUUUACAACCAUAUUAAAGUACGUUUUCCUCGUUGUAAUUUAGUAAUCUGGGUGACCGCAUGAUAACACAAUCGCUGGCUUAUUCGAAAUUCCUUUUUUUCUGCCAAAGGGAAAGGCUGGUCCUUCAUGAAUUUUAUUGUAAAUGUUUUUUGGAGAUAUUCGACCAUAAUGUAAAGAGUUAUUCCCAUGAUUAAUAUUCAUCAUCUUGUUUGAAGACAAGACAAUCAUCGUCGUCGUCGAUCGAAUAAUAUUGUAUCCUACUUACCUCGUCGUUGAGUUUGUUAAAAAUAUAUAUUGCUAUUUGAUUUUCA